AUAGCACCAUAACAUUGUCUCGGAAUAAUAUCAAUUGAGGCUGUUUACAAAGUCCAUGGCGGUUGAAUAUAAGGGCAAGUUGGCCGCAGCAUGAUCACUUUGGCACUAUUGCUUCGGAGUAGCAGCUCCUGAUCGUCUCUCCAAGGACUUUGGAUUCUUCAUUAACUGCGUUUAUUUCUCACAGAUAUUUACUGGACACAUUUCUGCUGUCAUUCACUUUCUUUCUUAUUCGCCUCUAAAUAAAGGAGAAAUUAGAGAUCAAGACUGACCAUUUUGGGGGAUUGUUUUUUCUGCAUUUUUUACAAAUUGAAAUUAUUUUUAUUAUUUUUAUUAAGAAGAAGAAGAAACCUCUCCAGCUUCGUUAUGGACCUACAAAUGAUUUUUUCUCUGCUGGUGGUACUUGUGCAAGGAGUCAGUGCAACAGAGUCUCUCAGUGACAGCGCCACGCUCGCUAACCAGCCCCCUGCACCAACUGUACAGACGCACUCACAGCGCUCAUCUGGCGCCCCCUGGCGACCACGUAGGGUUAAACGUUGUUCCUGUUCUUCCUUAAUGGAUAAAGAGUGUGUCUACUUCUGCCACUUGGACAUCAUAUGGAUCAACACUCCUGAGAGAACAGUACCGUAUGGUCUUGGAGGGCCCCGCAUGAAACGGGCAUUGCAGGACACUGACCAAGAGAAACUCCUUGAGCCUGCAGGCAGGUGUGUGUGUGCCAAGCGUAAAGACAAGAAAUGUAUGGACUUCUGCCAAGCAACAGCAGAGCCCAGCGUUCAGCCAUCUGUUGCCAAAGACAGAAGACAAGUUCAGCAGGCCACAAAGUGCCUUGGCCUCAGGCUUGGACAGCAGUGCAUUCAAAAACAACAUCACAGAAACAAGGUGAUGAAAAGAUCAGAAAGCAUCAAGCAGUCCAUUAAGAAUUCCUUUACUUUUGCCAGCCUAAUGAAAAAGCACAGUGAGACAAGAGAAACCUCACAUCACUGGAUGCAUAAAAACUGGGGUGUAUGGAAACACAGAAAGACAACAUCAUAGUGACAACAUGAAAGCCAAGAACAUAUUAAAACGGCUUUUGAUGUAUGAAUGUUCUUUGAGAAGAGACCCAGUGUAUUCAGGAAAAUAAAGAGCUGGGAUGAUGGGAAUAAUGCAGUUCGACUUGGAAUGGAAUGGAAAAUGGAAACCGUUGCUUGUUGGGAUUGGAUAACAAUAUUACAGCCAAUGGUUUCUAGAAAGAAGACUUUGAACCUAAUGUUGGUUGACAUGUCAGAGAGCAUCACAUGCUACUUACAUGGACAGUGAAACACUGGAACUUACGAAAGUGCCUUAAUUCUGCACAAAAGACACUGCAAAUAGUGAUUCUGCCACUUUGGCAUUAGACAGAGGACCUUUUGCCAUUAAAAUAAAGACUUCUUUCUCAUGCCUAUGUCUACCUCAGUUUUAAAUCAUUCCAUCUGGACUUCACCUUAGCUUAACCUUUAAGACAUUUGCCUGUAACCUCUCUUUUUUAUAGUUCCCUGGAACUAAUCAGGCCUUACAUGUCCCGCUAAACUCCAGUUUGUCUAGUGGCUGGUUGGUGUUGUCACUACAAACUAAGUGGGCGUGAGGGAAAUUGGUAAUAAAGCAGAAGCUGGGUAAUUUUUAUGUAAGCGGUGAUCAAUGUUGGCAUCUGCACAUCUGAUUCAUCUGCUAUUCUUUGCCUAAUUAAAUUUAUUAUUUGGAUAUUUUUAAAUAAAUAUAUUUAUAUUAAUAUUUGUAAGAAGACUAUAUUUACUGUGUUAAAUAUACAUUGGAACAGGCCACAUUGGUCUAUGCAUGUAUGUUGUAUUUCUAUAUGAAAAAGAGCUUAAGCUCCAGUGGUAAAUAUGUUUAUUAAACAACUGUUUUUUUAA